UCAUAAACCCCGCCUAUUUCUACAAUGUUUUCAUCGUAAAAUGUGAUUUUAACCAUAAUCACACUGCAACCCGUGGCCUUAACCUUAUAUGAAUACCAAGAAGAAAAUGUGUGUUUGUAUAAAUGUUUUAAAGACCAAGCCAAUUGGACUUUGUGGCUGUGGUAACUACUAGUGCAAAUGGAAACCCAGUAUCUGGUCGAAUGACUGAUCUGGGCAGCAACAAAAUGCCUGCCGCAGUGAUAAUGGGUGAAAAUUAUGAUAAACUUUUAGAACAGUGCGAAACACAGGAGCUUGAGGCUCCAGGUGGCAUUGCUACCCCUCAAGUGUAUGCCCAGCUGUUGGUGCUCUAUCUACUGCACAAUGACAUGAAUAACGCAAGGUACUUGUGGAAGCGAAUUCCUCAAGCCAUUAAAUCGGCAAACCUAGAACUGACGGCCGUAUGGGCCGUGGGUCAGCGUAUAUGGCAGCGAGACUUCCCAGGGAUCUACUCGGCCAUCGCAGCUCACCAGUGGUCUGAGAACAUCCUGCCAGUCAUGGAGGCCCUGAGAGAGACCACUCGUCGGAGGGCGUAUGGCCUGGUGGCCCAGGCAUACACCUCCAUCAUGGCAGAAGACUUUGCCGCCUUUGUGGGCUACUCCGUGGAGGACGCCGUGAAGGGGGUGGUGAGCCAGGGUUGGCAGGCAGACCCUGCCACCAGGAUGGUAAUGCCCCAGAAGCCAGAUCCUCCCCCUGUAUCGCUGGUUCCAAAUGAGCAGCAGCUGGCCAGGCUCACUGACUACGUGGCUUUUCUUGAGAACUGAUACAUUUUCUUCAGCUCUGUUUGUCUGCCAUGAGGAGGACACCAGAACGCCCCUUUUCCCAAGCUUAGAUGGACACACACACACACGCAGGACCUCAAACUGACCCCCCUUGUGCAUGAUUGUGGUCAUGUCUUUUGUGGGGUAAAACUUAUUUUGAAUGGCUGGGCCUGGCUCCCCAGUGGGUGGGCCUGGCUCCCCAGUGGGUGGGCCUGGCUCCCCAGUGGGUGGGCCUGGCUCCCCAGUGGGUGGGCCUGGCUCCCCAGUGGGUGGGCCUAUAUUCCCUCCGAGGCCCACACAUGGUUACGCCCCUGCUCAGUCGUGAAAUCCAUAGAUUAGGACCUAAUGAAUUUAUAUGAACCUCAGUAUAAUCUUUGAAAUUGUUGCAUGUUGCAUUUGAUAUUUUUGUUCAGUAUACUCUUUGAGUACGCACCUUAUCGCUACAUGCAUUUAUAAGGUUUCUCAAAAGAGUGGAGUGAACCUGAUCAUAGUAAGACACCGAACUGCAUUUUACCCAAUACCAAAUAUAUAAAUAUACCUAUUUAUGUGGACUCCCUGAGCACUUAUAAGUUAUCCCUCAAUAGAAAUUCUUCAGGUAAGAGAUGACUCCAGGUUAUUUAGAAAAUGUAGGCCCUUCUCUCCAACAACACCCUUCCAUCUAUAGACUUUGCCUUUGAAUUACUGUUUGUGUUUUGAGUCGUGAAUAAAUGCUAUGGUUUGUUUCUAA